GAAACAAAAGCAAAACCACCACCACAUACAUUAAAAUAAUGCCAUAGAAACUUGUGGGAGGCACCAUCAACAUCAUCAUUCAACCCCCCCUCAACUAUUCAAUUCAUUUCGUUUUCGUCCCUUUCAGAAUCACUUCAUUGCACUCAUUUCCAUUACCAAAGCUUGUAGCUUUUUGACACACUGUCUCUCCUUCUCCCUCUCUCUCUCUCUCUUUGCAAUCCACUCCAUACAUUCUUGUGCCUUGUAUUUUGGUCCACAUUAUGUCUUGGCAUUAUGUGAGAGGAGUUGAGUUUCAAGGGUAUUCCCAGCCAAGAUUCAUCAGAGAUUUGGAAGCUGCACUUUGAAAUUCUUGCUGGGGUUGUCUUGUCUGAGAUCGCCAUUGGAGCGGCUUUCAAGAUGAGACUAGGUAUUCAAAAAAAUGAGUCUGACUCAUCCCCUGGGCCAAGUUUCGAUGGGAGUUUUAGGAAGCCUGAAUCUGCAGCAGCUUCUGUUUGUACAAUCUCCAGCACUUCAAGCAAAUUCAUCCCAACUUCAAAAAGGGUGUAUAAAGUCCUCAAGGAGUAUUCAACGAAAAUCACUGACCUUAAUAUAUUUGCAGAGUAUCUUGAGGAUUGGAUAGUGGAAAAUUUAUAUGGUAAAACUAGUAAUGGGGAGCAGCAUUUUAGCUCCCCCUUCUUAAUUGAUGAAUUGCGUACCCUUGAUUUUGCAUUGGAGGGGGUUCUAUUUCAACAGCUUCUACGAAUGCCGUCCCCACCUUAUUCCUCCGACAAUCUUAAAGAAGAUGAGUUCCUAGCACUGGAGGAUUUUCUGCAUACUGCUGCAGAAGGACUAUGGCAUGCAUUUUGGCAUAAGAAUAAGCCAUUGCCAUAUUUUGUAGGUUGCCCUCGUUAUCCUGGAUCCAGGUUUUAUACCGUUGAGAAAGCAAUAUCUAGGGGAAGGCUUGGUGGACUCUGUGGUGCUGCUUUGAUGUCAAAAAAUAAGGGCAAUCUACAUGCUCGUUGGGACGAUGUGGUCAAGUUUGUAUUAUUCAAGCGAAAUCUUGUCAAAGGAAAAGAAUCUGGAUUUUCCUCUUCGGUUGUUUGUGAAGCUCUCUUCUAUGCUAUUCAUAUACUGUUCUCUAGGAGUUUGAGUAAAUACAAUAGGGUUACCACUGAUUAUGUUUUUGUAUCUGUUAUCGACUCUAAAUUUGGAGGUGUCGUUAAACUUGGUGGUGAUCUUGGCAGACUCGAAGUUGAUUUAAAUAACCCGUAUCAGUCCAUGGCAGAAUGGAUCACGAGCCAUGCAGAAGUCAGCAUUUCCCCCAUAGACCGAAUAUGGAACAAGCUUGGAAAUGUAAACUGGGGGGACUUGGGAACCAUGCAGAUACUUCUGGCAAUGUUUUACUCCAUUGUGCAGUGGAAUGGCCCACCGAGGAAGUCAAUGGCCUCGCUUGCAGCAAACCAUAGUCUUCGCCUCCAAAAACGCAGAACGGAGACUCGGCUGGUGGAGAAUGAAAACUCUCUAGUUCCUUAUGAACAUGGUAGCAACUAUGACGGAGAAAUUGUUGAACUAGAUUAUGAAAAUAAUCACAGGAAAGGACCGCGCUUGAACUUUAUUCAGGGUGAAAUAGUAUUACUUGAAGAUCAGAACCAGGGCCUAAAAAGUUUUCAAAUACAAGAGUUCCUUGAUGAUGGGAAUGGUUCUUCGUAUAUUGCUGUUGCUGCGGAGUGUCAUUCAGAAUUGUUGACGUUAUAUGUUGGAUCACACCCAUCGCUUCUGGAGCCAUCAUGGGAAGACAUGAACCUGUGGUACCAAGUGCAAAGACAAACUAAAGUAUUGAACAUACUAAAGGAGCAGGGCAUUUCAAGUAAACAUCUGCCAGAAAUAAUAGCAUCUGGUAGAAUUGUGCACUCUGGUCCUUGCGAAAAGCAAAGUCCAAAGGGGCGCUGUGAUCAUCCUUGUUGUGGAACACCAAUACUGGUCACUUGUCCAGUGGGGGAACCACUUUCAUCCAUCAUUGCCCAUGACGGUCCAUUUUCUGCUGAAGAGGCAACCCGUUGCUGCAGAGAUUGCCUAGCAGCUUUGAGGAGUGCAAAGAUGGCAAAUAUCCUUCACGGUGAUAUUCGGCCGGAGAAUAUAAUGCGCAUCAGCGACAAACAAGGGCCAACAUCAAAUAGUAUUUUUGUUCUGGUCUCAUGGGGCCAUGCAGUUCUGGAGGACAGAGACAGCCCUGUGCUAAAUUUACAGUUCUCAUCGGCCUACGCACUUCAGCAUGGAAAGCUCUGUCUGUCAUCAGACGUUGAGAGCCUCAUUUACCUUAUCUAUUUUCUUUGCGGUGGAUCCAUGCAACAGCAGGAUUCAAUCGAAUCAGCACUCAAGUGGAGGCAGAGAUGCUGGGCAAAGCGUGUCAUCCAGCAACAGCUAGGCGAGGUUUCACCUCUCUUGAAGGCAUUUGUCGAUUAUGUAGACAGCAUAUGUGGGACACCGUAUGCUGUCGAUUACGAUAUUUGGUUAAAGAGACUAAACAGGGCUGUCGAAGGGUUUGGCGAGCGACGGAAAACGAUUGAAGAGGGACUAAGACUGAAGGACGUUAUCGAGUCACCAGGAACUUCAGGAGGCGGAAAUUCUUCCUGAUGCUUCAAACCAGAGCGCGGUAAUUCUUUCCGUUUUUCAGGAUUGAACUAGCUGAUACGAUUGAUACUUGCACUUCAUUGAUUCAUCUCUUUGUUGUCUUUAUUCAGAUCAAAUCAAUUGCUUUGAUCAUGGUUUCUGACAUUUCUAUUUAGCUUGCUAUAUCAACUCAUUCCAGGAUGAGGCAACCUUCAAGAAAUGGGAACUUGCUUGUGUAUACGAAUAUUAA